AUGGCCGGGGCGAUGAAAGUGCUGAGGACGCUGAGGAAUCACUGGAAGAAAACCACAUUCGGUGUCUGCCUGCUGAGCUGGGGCGGGAGCUGGCUCUACGGAAAGCACUGUGAUAACCUGCUACGAAGAGCUGCAUGCCAAGAAGCCCAGGCUUUUGGCAACCAGCCGAUCCCUUCCAGUAUGCCCCUGAAGAAAGCAACAGUGUUCCUCAACCCAGCAGCUUGCAAAGGCAAAGCCAGGAACCUUUUUGAAAAUAAUGCUGCUCCAAUUUUGCACUUAUCUGGCUUGGAUAUAACUGUGGUUAAGACUGAUUAUGAGGGACAAGCAAAAAAGCUGCUGGAAUUGAUGGAGAACACAGAUCUGAUCAUUGUUGCAGGAGGAGAUGGCACAGUACAAGAGGUCAUAACUGGACUUCUCCGCAGAGCAGAUGAGGCUGUCUUCAGUAAGAUUCCUAUAGGAUUCAUUCCUCUUGGGAAGAACUGCACUCUGAGCCACACACUCUAUCCUGAGAGCACAAACCAAGUCCAGCAUAUUACUAAUGCUACAUUGGCCAUUUUGAAGGGAGAGACAGUUCCACUUGAUGUCUUGCAGAUCAAGGGAGAAAAAGAACAGCCUGUGUUUGCAGUGACUAGUUUAAGAUGGGGAUCUUACAGAGAUGCAGGAGUUAAAGCUAGCAAGUACUGGUACCUUGGACCUCUGAAAACCAAAGCAGCUCACUUUUUCAGUACAUUUAAGGAAUGGCCUCAGAAACAUCAAGCUGCUCUCACGUAUCUGGGUCCAACUGAGAGACCUCCAGAAGAGCCAGAGGAGAAACCAUCCAGACCUCCUUUGUAUGUGAGGCUUUACAGACGACUUCGGUUGUACUGGUCACCUCCUCCCAAAGAAAUUCCCCAGGAGGUCUCCCCGGAGGACUGGGAAGAAUUGAAUCUCUCCACUAUUGAGCUUUCCAUUGCAACUCGGAACAGGCAGCUGGAUCUGAUGCGCACCAAAGACUUCAUGGAUAUUUGCAUUGAAGAAGAUACUGUCAGCAAAGGACAGUUCGUAACCAGAGGAAGUCAAAAGAUGGAUGAUCCACAUAUGUGCCCUGAAGGGAGUCAGUGCAUCCAAGCCAGCAGAUGCAUCUUGCAACUUCCAGAGGGCACGGAGGGAUCCUUCGGCAUUGAUAACGAGGAGUAUGAAGCUAUGCCUGUGGAGGUGAAGCUCUUGCCCCGCAAACUCCGGUUCUUCUGUGAUCCCAGAAUGAGAGACCAGAUGCUCCCUGCAGCAGUACAAUGAGAAUUCAUGCCAAAGAGGCCAGUCUUAUCAGGGUCUCUUCAAGGCACAUGAGACUUCACCAGCCUGAUAACCCCACCAGACUAUCAAGAGAUGUGGCCAUUUUUAUGUGCAAAGUACUUCCAUUGGAAGCAACCAAUUUGGAUAAUCUUAAAGGGGUUAAAAAUGCAGAGUUCUGGCAAAUGUAUGUUAGCUUGAUGGCAUCUUUUUUUCUUCCCCGAAGAAGUCGUCAGUGUUCCAUUUUCCACACUGUACGAGGAGCACUGUGUCAGAUGCUACUGCUUUAAUGCAAUUGUAUAUUAAAGUGAAUGAAAGCAUGUUUGUCCUUGUG